CCUCAGACGGUGUUGAACUGCUACUUUUUGUUCAGCGGAGCCUCGUAGGGCUGAAAUGGACAGGGGUGCCACCCAGGACCGAAUUUGCCCCACCGAGGGGCAGAAAAGUUUUGGGCCUUCGUCAUGCCGCAAAAGGAACCUUCGUGAACAGGCCACCAAUAACACCCGCCUUCGGUGAAGCAUUUGGCACCUCACCUAUAACCUCGAAGAGCCUCACACCUUUCCAUCUUAUCUACACUUUGUACAUGGACCAGGCAGCACGAAGUCCCUUCAAGAGUCAUACACACCAUUCCUGAACGAUUGCGCCUAGUUCCCCGAUAUCAAAUCCUCUGCCUCCACGUCCGAUCCUGCUUCAAAUCCGCACAGUAUGGCGGCACCACCAGGCCUAGCGAAGGACCUCUUCGAGGACAUGGGGCGAAAAGUGGCAGACGCGCAGGGCGAGGGAAUUGACGACGGCGAGUCGAAAGUAGUCGACGAGAUCGAGACUCUUUGCAUGAACUGCCAUGAAAAUGGCACCACCCGACUCCUCCUCACCAAAAUCCCCUUCUUCCGCGAAGUCAUCAUAAUGUCAUUCGACUGCCCCCACUGCAACUUCAAGAAUUCCGAGGUCACACCCGCCGGAGAGAUACAACAGCGCGGGUGCAAAUACUCGUUCAAGGUAGACCGAGCUGCGGACCUCAACCGGCAGAUCGUGAAGAGCGACACCUGCAUAUUCAGGAUAGAGGACAUCGACCUAGAAAUACCCCCAGGCCGCGGACAAUUGUCGAAUGUGGAGGGCAUCUUGAGCAUGGUCGCCGAGGACCUUGCGCAGAAGCAGGCGGAGCGGAAAGAAGUCAUACCAGAGGUCUACGAGCAGAUCCAGGGCAUCAUCCGGACACUAGAAGCCAUGAAGACCGGCCUGCAGUUCCCAUUCGCCAUCACGGUGAACGAUCCCGCAGGGAAUUCCUGGAUAGAGCCGUCGCCAGAUGACAAAGGCGGCAAGUACUUACGACACGAGUACGCCAGGACACCAGCGCAGAACGAGGCUAUUGGACUUGGUGGCGGCGACGAGGAGGAGGCGGCGGAGGGAGACGCACCGCCUUCAGAAAUACGGCCGGAGUACCAAGCCUCGCAAAUGUACCCGCACAUGCCAGCAGCCGGCACGAACAACGUCGACGACGAUGAGAUUGAGGAAAACCAGGUCUACUCAUUCCCCGCCACCUGCCCCGGAUGUACCAAGCCUUGCGCGACCAAAAUGAAGAUGGUUAAUAUCCCCCACUUCAAGCAAGUCGUGCUGAUGAGCACGGUAUGCGAGUACUGCGGAUAUCGAAGCAACGAGGUCAAAACCGGCGGCGCCGUCCCCGAAAAAGGCCGCCGCAUCACCAUCUCGGUCGAAAACAAAGCCGACCUCUCCCGCGACAUCCUAAAGUCCGGCUCCUGCGCCGUGCGCUGCCCAGAACUCAACCUCGAAAUGGAACCCGGCACGCUCGAGGGCCGCUUCACCACCAUCGAGGGCAUUUUGACCCAGGUGCGCGACGACCUGCGCAACUCCAUCUUCGACGAGGAGAGCGGCGGCAGCGGCAGCGACUCUGUCCAGAAAGAGGCGAGGGCGAAGUGGGACGCGUUCUUCGAGAGGAUCGAUAAGGGGAUUAGGGGGGAUGUGAAGUUUACGCUGAUACUGGAGGAUCCGUUGGCCGAGAGCUAUGUGCAGAGCUUUACGGCGCCCGAGCCGGAUCCGCAGAUGACGGUCGAGGAUUAUGUGAGGACGCAUCAGGAGGAGGAGGAUUUGGGGCUGAAUGAUAUUAAGACUGAGGGGUAUGAGGAGGGGCAGGCGAGGGAGGAGGUAAAGGUGGAGGAGGCCAAGCUGGAGGAGGCCAAGGCCAAGGCGGAGGAGGCAGCGAGUAAUGGGAUGGUGGCGGAGGGAGGUUAAUUGAUUGGGGCUGGGGGGGGUAAGGGCGUGUAUAAAUACUAGGGAUUGCUCUCACGAGCUGUAGGAAUGGCCGAUGGAUUACAUUGUGGUACUGAGUUUGUGGGGUUUUUCAUGGACGUGAUAUUAGCAAAAUCAAACUCCUCCGUCAUGGUUGGCGACGUCUAAGGUCGCCCAACAUAAUCUC